AUUCCCCUGAGCCCAAGACUCCUUCCUAACCAUGAAACCGACACUUGUAUCUGGGAUAACCAAAGACAGCAAUUUUCACUUUCCUCGAUUGGAAAACUGAAGAGAGGCUGAAAGUAAACUGAUUUAACUACUGAAGAGAGAGUGCCUGACAACUGCUUCUUCUUCAGCUGAGAGAUAGAGCAGAGAAAGAAGAAAUAUCAACAGCAAACUUCUUUAUCCUUUCAGCCCAACGCUAACGUUUCUCAACAUACUCUUUCUGGAGGAGACCAAAACCAAAAACUGCUAUCGAAAGCACCAAGAAAAGAAAGGGCGUCUUCAGAGAGAUUUGUUUUCUAACCAGCUGGACCCUGCACUGUGCCCCAGCUCUAAUCAUCCCUCUUUGUUGGCAAUGAAUGCGACCAGCUCCCUGCUCUCUUCUCAGAGUCUGCUGUCAAAAGGCACAGAGGAAGUCAAUGUCACCUUCCUCUUCAGCAACCAGAGCAGCCCUGGAUUCUGUGAACAGGUCUUCAUCAAGUCCGAGAUCUUUCUGACUCUGGGAAUCAUCAGUCUCCUGGAAAACAUCCUUGUCAUCUUGGCUGUGUUGAAGAAUGGAAAUCUGCACUCCCCUAUGUACUUUUUCCUCUGCAGCCUGGCAGUGGCAGACAUGCUGGUGAGUGUGUCCAAUGCUCUGGAGACAGUGAUGAUCGUCCUCCUCACCAAUGACUACUUGACUUUUGAUGACCAACUCAUUCAAUAUAUGGACAAUGUCUUUGACUCCAUGAUCUGCAUUUCCCUGGUUGCCUCCAUCUGCAAUCUCUUGGUCAUUGCCAUUGAUAGAUACAUCAAUUUUUAUGCCCUGCGUUACCACAGCAUUAUGACAGUGAAAAAAGCCAUCACCUUGAUUGGGGCUAUCUGGAUCUGUUGCUUCAUCUGUGGCAUCAUGUUCAUCGUCUACUCUGAGAGCAAGACUGUCAUCGUGUGCCUCGUUACUAUGUUUUUCGCCAUGCUGCUCCUCAUGGCCACCCUCUACAUGCACAUGUUCCUGUUUGCCCGGCUGCAUGUCAAACGUAUUGCGGCACUGCCAGCGGACGGGGUGAUGCACCAACAUACCUGCAUGAAAGGGGCUGUCACCAUCACUAUUCUGCUUGGGGUGUUCAUUUUUUGCUGGGCACCCUUCUUCCUCCAUCUCAUCCUCAUCAUCACAUGCCCCACUAACCCCCACUGCAUCUGUUAUACCUCCCACUUCAACAUCUACCUGGUCCUUAUCAUGUGUAACUCAGUCAUUGACCCCCUCAUUUAUGCUUUCCGGAGCCUUGAAAUGCGCAAGACCUUUAAGGAAAUAGUCUGUUGUUGCAGUGGUAUAAGUUCAGGGUAGUGUGCCUCAUGCUAUUCCAGGGUAGUGAAAUGUAAGAAAACACCCUCUGAAUUCUUCAUUAUAUUCAGUGAUAAUAUUUAGAAGUAAACUUUAAAGAGGUUUAAAAAAAGGUAUCAAUUGUUUCUUUAAACUUCUUUUUAUUUAAGGAAAAAAAGGAAAUUCUUCUGAAAGGGCAAAUGUACAGAAAUUACCCUUUAAAUGGAUUUACAUGGUGGUUACAGCAGCAAAAAUUACUGUAUAUCUCCUCAAGUGUCACUCCAAGAAACCCUUAAAUUUAGAAUGAGCUAGUCAAAAUCUACAUUGAUUUCAAAAGCCAGAUUCUAUAGCAUUUUCCUGUUAAACUGCUUCAUUUCUAGUCAUCAGACACCAGGGUAAAGGACUCACAUUAACAGGUGAAAGUAGCUAUAAUCUCCUGGAAAAAAAACUGGACCUGUAACCACCUACCAAGUUCCUUUGAUACCCUGUUGGAAAUCAGACUUUGAGUUUAUUUAAUUACGGAGUAAGAGUUGCUGCCUUGUUAUCCCUGAUAUGUGUGAGCCUUGAGCUAUUUCAAGAGUAUUUUCUAAGGUAAAUUACCUCUUUGUGAAACAUCAAGAUGUUGAUGUUGCUUUGUCAAUUAGCUUUGGAAUGUAACCAGCUUCUGUAUUAAAUUAAAGGGAGUCCUCAGAAUCCUGACAAAAACAAGCCAGUGGACUUUGGGUAAAGUCAAGCAGGCACCACUGGAAAAUGUACUAUAUUGACUCACUUUUUGAGGCAUGGGUUAUUCUUUUGUAGCUUUCUUUUUCUUUGCUUUUCUGAUGUCUUUAAGGAAAAAAAAGAAAAAGAAAAAAUGAGAAUGAGAUAAUUUUCAUGACAAGUACAUGUGCUAUUGCUGUAUUCAUUCUCCAGACAAUUUUGAAAACUGUUGGUUUAACUCUUCAAAGCUUACUUAUGUUCAUCUCUAAACAGGUCAAAAAUGUAGUUGGUUUUCAAUAGUUACUGUGACCUAGUUCAUAUGCUGUAUUCUUGGUAUUUUAUAUUAAAGAAAAUGUGUUCUGAAUUGCUUUUAGCACUAGUUAGUUUUCCACGCUCUGAAGGGCAUGAAUUUCUUGAGUGAAUUUCUUGAGUAUGCUAAAUGACUAAGUGCACCCUGACUUAGCUGAGUAACCUCAGAGCCCUGUCCCUCCUUUCCUAAGAUUCUGAAUCCUACUCUAUUUAACUUCUGUUCUGUAAUUCAAUUUGUAAUUGCAUUUUGCCUCUGAUAAAUACUUGUGCUGUACUGUUUUUAUUGUGUGAGAAUGGAUAUUUUAGUGUAUUUGAUGUGUUACUUAUUUGUCUUUAAACUUGUUUUGUGAUACUGGUAAACUUAUUCCAUGCUAUGCUUAUGAUGCUUUCAAGUGAUGAGAGGUGUUUGAUGCUGCUAAAAUUAAAACAAAACUCCCCAAUAUGUUCUACUUUAAAUAAAUUAUCUGCAACCACUCA